AUGGCUUUUUACCGUGGAUCCUAUAUCUUCCGUAGCAUCUUGCUGCGGCAAAAAGUGGCAAGUUUGUGUUCUAUUCGCCCCAUCACGCCCGUGAUUCAAAGAUUAAUACAUUACCCGAUAGAACCAUAUCAUGCUAAAAGGGUUGACUUGAAUAACCAAUCAGUUUUGUUACCGGGCGAAGAAAGAGUUAGAGCAUCUAAACUAAUAGAUGAUCCUUAUAAUCUUGUUGAAAAAAUUCCUCGUUCUCCUGAAAUCCAAACUGUUUAUGAGGUGCUGGAUCAUGGCCUCAAAGUUUCAAAUGAUGGUGACUGUAUUGGAACACGGUCUCCUACAACUGGAGAAUAUGAAUGGAAAUCUUAUAGUGAGGUCAUAAACAAGUCUCAGUUUGUUGGGUCUGCAUUAAUACAUUUAGGCUUGCAGCCUAGGAAAGAAUCUUUUGUUGGAAUAUUUGCUUCUAAUAAGGAAGAGUUCAUUUUAACACUUUAUGCAUGUGCUGGUUACUCCAUUAUAUUAGUUCCACUUUAUGAAACUCUUGGACAGCAAGCUGUUAUUUUCAUCAUUCAACAAGGUAACUUACCUAUAGUUAUUGUCAACAAUUGUAAUAAUGCUUUGAAUAUCUUAAGGAAGAUAUCUGAAGUUCCAUCUUUGCAUACAAUUAUAAUGAUGGAAAAGCCCUCCCAAGAAGUUAUCCAAACUGCUGAACAUGCGAAAAUAACCUUGAUGACUUUCGAUGAACUUGAAGCAUUGGGCAAAAAUAACAGACAUGAUUUGGUGCUACCUGGACCAGAUGAUUUGUUCUGCAUUCCUUACACAAGUGGAACUACAGGAAUUCCAAAAGGAGUUAUGUUAACCCAUAGGAAUAUGAUUACAUGUGUAUCAUCAUUAGUUUUGGGAUAUGGUAAAGCAGGUUUAUAUGGUGGGACAAUUAUAUCUUAUCUUCCUCCUGCUCACAUAUAUGAAAUCGCCAAUGAGGUUGCGAGUUUGUACUUUGCUCGUCGAAUUGCUUUUUACAGUGGAGAUAUUAAGAAAUUAAUGGAUGAAGUUCGAGUCUUGAAGCCAACAAUUUUACCUUUAGUACCUAGACUUUUGAAUGCAAUCUACUCAAAUAUAAUGGAAAGCAUCAAAGGCAGUAAAGCUAAAGCUAUCCUCUUAAAAGUUGCACUGUCAAGGAAGGAAAAACUUCUCAAAAAGGGCAUCAUAACGAAGAACUCGCUGUGGGACAAAUUGGUUUUUAAGAAACUCCAACAGGCUCUUGGUGGAGAUGUACACAUGAUCAUCACAACAUCUGCUCCCAUAGCAGCUGAUAUUAUGUGUUUCUUUCGCUGUGCGUCAGGCUGUUAUAUUUUUGAAGCUUACGGACAAACUGAAGUACUUGCCUCAAACAUGACACUUCCUGAAGAGUUUGGUGGAGGUUUUGUUGGGCCACCACUUACAUGCAAUCAUGUUAAACUAGCUGAUGUUCCUGAAAUGAACUAUUUCGCAAAGGAUGAUACUGGUGAAGUUUGCUUUAGAGGUCCAAAUGUUUUUAAAGGAUACUUUAAAAAUCCAGAGGCAACUAAAGAGUGCCUUGAAGAGAGCGGAUGGCAUCAUUCAGGAGAUAUUGGACGAUGGCUUCCUAAUGGUACCCUUCAAAUCAUUGACAGAAAAAAGCAUCUUUUUAAGUUAUCUCAAGGAGAGUACAUUGCUCCUGAAAAAGUAGAAAAUGUGUACAGCCAUAGUAAACUGGUUGCCCAAAUUUAUGUAGAUGGUCUGUCAAAUCAGAACUAUGUCAUCACCAUAGUUUAUCCAGAGCCUGUUAAUUUCAAGAAAUGGUUGAAGUCCAAAGGGUAUACUGAAGAUAUAUCAAGUGCAAUCAAGGACAAAUCUGUAAGAAAACAUUUCCUUAAAGAGUUGCAUAGAUAUGGCAAAAAGGAAGAUCUUAAUCCAUUAGAGCAGGCCAGGAAUUUGGCUUUCAUAUCUGAACCAUUUUCUAUUGAAAAUGAACUUUUAACUCCAACUUUCAAGUUAAAGAGGAAUAACGCCAGGAAGUAUUUUGAGCCACUUUUUCAACAACUUUACGAGGAAGGACCCCUUGUGGAAAAAAUAGAGUCUAGUUGAUGGAUUUUUCCCCCCCCGUAUCAUUUUCAUUUUCUGCCUCAAAAACUUUUAUAAGAGUGUUUUAUGGUAUGAGCAAUAUUACACAUUCUUUUGUAGUAGUUUUAUUUGAAUUUUCAAAAAAACUUUUGUUUUGUAAGCAAGUUAAAGAAAUUGCUCAAUUUAUAAACUGCAGCUCCUUGAAUUGUUAAUAACAUAGUUGAUAGCAAUUAACUAAACUAAUUAAAAUAUUUGGAAGUAUCUUUGCCUCUACUAGGCUGUUACUUUGCUCAGACAGUUUCCUUACUGUUACCAAAGUCAGAAGCUGAAUCCUUAAAGGUAGGAUACAGCUUUCGGUUUGGAAGGGGAUCAUUAAAAUGUGAUC